AUGAAGCGUACCUCAAUGUCAGCGUACCUCAAUGCCCAAGGAACGGAUAAGUUAUUAGACUUAGGGUUCAAUAUCCAAAGAGAAGAAACUAGUUUGGAUAAUGAUGAAGGGUCAAUCCCAAGUGACUCUAGCGAUGACGUAGUGAGGUUGUUGCAUGAUGCACGUGAUACUUUUAGAGAGGGGCAAAAUGAUGAGGCAAAAACGUUUUUGAGGUUAGUUGAAGAAGGGAAAGAAGAAUUGUAUCCUGGUUCCAAAAAUCACUCAAAACUUUCCUUCAUGAUUCGACUUUUUAUUUUGAAGUGUGAUCAUAAUCUAACCAAUGCUGCAUUUGGAGAUAUAUUGGAGCUUAUAAGGGAGGUGUUUCCUGAUGCAAAGUUGCCAACUUCUUUCAAUGAAGCGAAAAGUGUUUUGAAAAGGUUGGGGUUGGAUUAUACAAAGAUUGAUGCAUGUCCAAAUGAUUGCAUGAUAUAUUGGGAAGAGCAUGAAAAUGCAACAAGCUUCCAUGUUUGUAAAACACCAAGAUGGAAAUCAAAGGACAAAGAGGAUGACAUAGAAAAUGGUAAAGGAAAGACCUAUAGGAUUCCUCAAAAUAUUCUUAGCACAAAAGGAUACUUGGCGUGCCCUGAUUGUCAUUAUGAAUUAGAUUCUGAGUGGUUGCCUUAUAGUGCUAAGAAUGUGUAUAGGGCAAAUCGUAAAUUUCUACCUCCAUUUCACCCUUGGCAUCGUGAUAAGAGGAAUUUUGAUGGGAAGGUUGAGGAAAGACAUCAACCUACUCCAUUGACUGGAAUUGAUGUAGCUAAUCUGUUGCGUGAUUUUCCAAAUGAAUUUGGAAAGAAGCAAAAGAAACCAAGGCGUGUUGUUGAUGAUCCGAAUCCAUGGAAAAAGAGGGUCAUUUUCUUCGAGUUACCAUAUGGGAAGCAUUGUCUUAAUCGCCACAACCUCGAUGUAAUGCAUAUUGAGAAAAAUGUGUUUGAUAGUGUCAUUGGGACAUUGUUAGACAUUUCUCAAAAGACCAAGGAUCAUGUGAGUGCUCGUCGAGAUUUGGUAGAGCUUAAUUUGAUGCCGGAGCUUCAACCAAGAGAAUUGGAAGAUGGUGGCGAAGAAUUUCCAAGAUCCCGCUUUUGGAUGUCAUUGGAGCAAAAAUGUAAGUUCUGCCAAGUCUUCAAAAAUGCCAAACUUCCUCAAGGCCAUGCUUCUAACAUUGGUCGAUGCGUACAAGUUGAGGAAAGGAAAAUUGCAGGCUACAAAAGCCACGAUGCACAUUUUAUGAUGAAUUAUUUGUUCCCAAUUGCAGUGAAGACAACAUUAUCCAAAGAUGUUGCUACUCCUUUGAUUAGACUUUGUGCUUUUUUUAAAAGUAUAUGGAGUAAAACUAUUGAUCCUUAA